ACCCACGCCGUUCGCUGAUGGCUAAAACAACAUCCGGGUCAGGGAGGCAAACGGGGAAUGGCUAACAUCGCGCGCAUAGAAUAGCGCAAGCACAUUCGCGCAAGACCGAAAGAAAAAACGGCAUGAAAAUGAAGAAUCGAAAAAGCUCCAUGUUUUUCAACCGGGGCCGCAGGGCGUCCGAACCGGGGCGUCGGGACGCUCGUUGAGUUCUCCACGCCCCAACCGCGACAAGGGGAACCCUCUCGAGCCCGUGGGAAUAUGCUGACCGUGCGUACCAUGGAGAUGGGCCGGAGCGAGGUGAGACAAUCGCUGCGGUACGAGUUGCUCCAGGUGUCCCAGCGAGGAUACUCUCCCUUCUCCAGGAUGAACAUCUCCCCACGGAGCUACAACAUGACGCACCAUUGCACCAAAUUCUCCGGCCACUGGAAGAUCAUCGUGUUCGACGAGGAAUGCUUCCAGGGCCGGCGCCACGAGUUCACGUCAGAGUGCGCCAACGUGAUGGAGUUGGGCUUCGAGACGGUGCGCUCGCUGCGCGUGGAGAGCGGCGCUUGGGUGGGCUACGAGCACGCCUCCUUCCAGGGCCAGCAGUUGGUCCUGGAGCGCGGCGAGUACCCCCAGAGCGACGCCUUUGGGGGCAGCAACGCCUACCGCAUCGAGAGGUUGACCUCCUUCAGGCCCGUCGCCUGCGCGAACCACCGAGAGUGCCGCAUGACCAUCUUUGAGCGUGAGAAUUUCCUGGCUCGGAAGGGCGAGCUGAGCGACGACUACCCCUCCCUGCAGGCCAUGGGCUGGUGCAACAACGAAGUGGGCUCCCUCAAGGUCCAGUCUGGAGCCUUCGUGUGCUACCAGUACCCCGGUUACCGUGGUUACCAGUACGUUAUGGAGUGCGACCGCCACUGCGGCGAAUACAAGCACUUCAAGGAGUUCGGCUCGCACUGCCAGACGCCUCAGAUCCAGUCCAUCAGGCGCAUCCAGCAGUAGAGGCCCGCUCGAUCCGGCCCGGCCCGGGCCAGCCCAUCCCGGCCCAGCCCAGCCCAGUCCGGCCUGGCUGCCCCUCCCCUCUUCUCCCUCCCCUCCCCUCCCGCAAGCACAAUAAAGCGUCCUUCCUAAACAUG